GGGACAGACAUGGACACAGAACUGCUGCACGUGGGCUUUGGGAAAAGGCAUCCUGAGGAGCUGAACAACUGUUAAAUAUGACUGAAAGGACAAGUUUCCAUGCAUAAAAUAGCAGCACAAAGGAAAGUGGGCAGUCCUAAAGAGAACCCCUCCACCCCCCAAAAGAGGAAAGCACUAUAUAAAGGAUUGCUUUAAAGGUGUUUCUGUGACGUACCCAAAGGACUGUUACAGCUGCUUUUUUUUUUUUUUUUUUUUUUUUUUUCCUUUUCCCAAUGGAGCUGAUCCUGACAAUUUCAAAGCUUUUUUUGUACAGACAUAAUUUUUUCUGAACUAUAAAUGCCUACCUGCCUCCUGACAUUGUAAAAGGAAAGUGUACACUCUGAAAAUCUAGUUAUGUCAGAGAGAAAUUUCUAACUCUACUCUCCAGGUUCCAGUGCCAUCAUUUUCACUGCAGCAGUGGAGAUAAAACUGACACCAGACAGAAAUAUUUCCUCUCAGCAAAGGAAGGUGCCUGCAGCUUGUAUAGCUCUGACCACUCAAGAAAUACUGCCAUAAAUGAAUUCAUCGUGUCUGCAGCCAUCGCCAGCUACCACCGUAGCUCUCCCCAUCAUCUACUCCUGCCUCCUCCCCGCUGGAUUCUUUGGGAACAUUCUGGCUGCCUGGGUAUGUUCACAGAAAGCUCCCACCCGAAGGACACAGUACAUUUACCUGGCCAACCUGGUGAUUGCAAAUCUGCUGGUUUGCAGCACCAUGCCCUUCCUGGCUGCCUACUUUGCGGGCGGGCACCGCUGGCCCUACGGCUCGCUGGCGUGCAGGAUCGCCCAUCACCUGGGGGCACUGGUGAUGCAGGUCAGCAUGUACGUGACCAUCACCAUCCUGAGCUCCAUUGCCUUCAGCCAGUAUGCCACCCUGACCAAGAACUGUGGCACACAGCACUGCCCAGCUCUCCCAAGAAACUUCUGUGGGCGCCUGCUGCACCAAUUCCGGCGGCCGAAAUUCGCUAAAUAUUUGUGUGUCGUUAUCUGGCUGAUUGUGCUGUGCAUAACAGCCACAGCCAUCACGUACAACAUCCAGGACAGGGUUUCAGGAGAGUUCCCCACGUGCUACAACAUCAAGGUAGAAGCUGGUGAACGUCCUGAAAUGAUUGCAGGUUCCUUUGCCACUGCGUGCUUUUUUCUGUCUUUUAUGGCUGUUUUGUGGUCAUACUACUCUCUUACCAGACAUCUGAGCAGAAUACAAAAAAACACCUCUAUUGGAGAAAAACAUCUGAUUUACAGAAAAGUGAAAAGAAACAUUCUUGUCAUCCAGAUGAUAUUAACUGUCUGCUUUCUUCCAUACCAUAUUUUUAAGCCAAUUUUCUAUGUACUGCUUACAGAUGACUGUCCAAGGUUAAACUAUCUAGUGGAAAUUAAAAAUUUCCUUACUUGUCUUGCUGCUGCUAAAUGCAGUUUAGAUCCAGUUAUAACCCUUCUGCUAGAUAAAACAUUUAAGAAAAGUCUUUAUGGCCUGUUUACAAAAUCCACACCAGAACAUCAAUAACGUAACAAUGAUAUAUUCACUGAAAUGGGAAGGAAUAUAGAAAGAUCUUCAUAGACUAUAAAUAAUAAUAAACUAAUUUUAACUACCUUUAGGCAGGCUUUGAUAUAAAAUGGUAAAUAUUUAAAUAAAAUGGUAACAUAUUGUAUUUUCAAAUCAUCUUGCUUGCUACACCAACCUUAGCCAUAAUAAAUCCAAUGUGUAUAUCCAAAUGAAUCCAAGGAGUUUGUACAGCAAACAGUGUGAUACCCAUACAUCCACAUAAUACAAAAGACAUUUUACAUUUGACCUAUGCACAGUUCCUUUUACCUAAAAAAGUCAAGGAAGAAGGCAAAAACAAGGCUGAAGUUGAGGACCCAGCUCUCUCUUGUUAUUAGUAAUGAGUUUUGGACACAGGUUUCCUUUACAAGGAGGUUGAACAAAGCACAGACAUUUUCCUUGGGAUGGCUGAACCACAAUUGUGCUGCACAUCCAGUGGCCAAGUAACCACAGCAAGACACAACUGAGCAGACAAAGCUUUCCAGAUGGCAAAGUGCUGCUGACAGGUUUUAGAUCAUCAGCUGCAAUUCUGGGUGAGCGGUACAGUUCACCACCAAAGUUCCCUUCUAAUUUGCACAGACAAACUCAAACCCCACCACUUCUGUCCUGUCUGAAUGCAGCUGCAGUUAUCUCAGCACAAUGCCUGCCUGGGGUUGUUUCUCUUAACACAGCUUCUGCAGGCAGCAUAGGCUGAAGCCAUUCCUCCUAUGCUUUCCUAGUCACAACCACUUGUUCCUCAGUGUUUAUCAAAAAGGCACAAAAAUGAGUAAAAUUUUAGGAACUCCUAAUCAAAUAUAACUUUGUGACUCUUAACAAGAUCCCACUCCAUAGUUCCUACAUAGCACCAACAGAAGACAUAUGCCUGACUUUUUUCCUGAGUAAUCUGGCCAAGAUGAUGUCCUUUAAAGUUCUUAACUGC